CAGUUCGCUGUGUCAAACUGCAUCUGCGCCGAGUCACCGGCAACUCAACGCUCACCUUCGAACAGAUGCGCACCUUGCUUGCUCAAAUCAGCGCAGUGAUAAAUUCACGCCCCUUAUGCUACACAUCUGAUACCGAAGACAACUACUUAUCACCCGCCCACUUCUUAAUUGGGCGACCGUUAACCACCGUGCCAGAUCCUAACUUAAGCCACAUCCCUGUGGGUCGAUUAGGAUAUUGGCAAAGCAUCCAGGCUAUGCUUCAAGGAUUCUGGAAGAAAUGGCAUCAGGAGUAUCUGACUACUCUGCAACAACGUCCAAAAUGGACCACUUCAACACCCAACCUCUCGAUCGGUGAUGUAGUUCUCGUUAAGGAGUCUAAUACACCACCAGCAUCUUGGCACAUCGCACGGGUAAUGGAAACCUAUCCAGGGAAGGACAACCUCGUUCGAGCAGUCAAGCUGAAGACAUCAACAGGAGAGAUGACCAGACCAAUCACGAAGAUUGCCGUUUUGCCCAGUUCAGAAACUGUGUUUCAGGGCGGGCCGGGAUGUUCCUGAACGGUUGCAGUCUUUAAUAAACUCUCAUUAUUAGGCGCAUAAUGCCAUCUCUAUCCUAUGUAAUAUAAUAUCGAUAUACAUAUAUAUAUAUACCAUUUUUCGAUUCUGGCAACGCUGCUACGACAGCGUCUUUUUGUGAAAUUCAUACCAGUAUCAAAUAGGCUUCGAAACCGUCAAGAAUAAAAAUUACAUACAGUCCACACAAAUCGUUUAUAUUUCUAACCAGGUACGGUUUUUUAGAUUGAUGACCUUUCUGUACUUGUAAAAAAACGAAUAGCAAAAUAAUUUCGGGUACCAUUUAAG